GGGAGAGGGGGUUCCAGCGAAGGCCAACACAUUUCCGGACGGGCACAAGACAACAAUCGGCACCGCACCGCACCGCACCGCACGCCGACCCAUCCGCCCCGCGCGCAGCACCAGCACCAGCACCAGCACCAGCACACACUCCCCCGCCCCCGAUCUCGCCGGCCGGUGGCCCUCGCCGCCGGCGACACCCGCCCCCAGUCGCCUCGCCCUCCCCUCGCCCCCGCCCUCCGCCCGGGGGGCGAUGGAGGCGGCCUUCGACGCCUACUUCCGCGCCGCGGAUCUGGACCGCGACGGCCGGAUCAGCGGCCAGGAGGCCGUCGCCUUCUUCAAGGGCUCCGGCCUGCCCCAGCCCGUCCUCGCACAGAUUUGGACGUAUGCUGAUAGAAACCGGUCAGGUUUUCUUGGGCGCGAAGACUUCUUCAAUUCACUCAAACUCGUCACAGUAGCUCAGAGCGGCCGAGAAUUGACACCUGAUAUUGUUAAAUCAGCAUUAUUUGGACCAGCUGCUUCGAAAAUCCCUGCUCCUCGGAUAAAUGUUUCUACAGCUGCGCCUCAGACAAAUAGCGUAGCUAGCCUCCCGAAUGCCACUCAAGCACCACGUCCUGUUCAACAGAAUCCUGCACCAGGUCCUGUUCAACAGAAUCCUGCCAUAAGAGGAGCACAAGGGCUUCCUGGUGCAUUGCCAAAUCCACAAGUCAGGCCACCGCAACCUCCAAAUGCAAAUGCUAUGUCCCCUGCUCAUGGUCAGGGAGUUGCUUCAAGACCACCCAUGGGAAGUGGUCCCACUGGGCUAAACCAUACUAGUUCAACCACGCCAAGUCUAGCAACUGAUUGGUUCAGUGGUAAGAGAAGUGCAAGUCCGUUGGGUGCAACUUCACAAGCUGCAACCAGAGGUAUUUCUCCACAGGCCAACCUUAGCAGUGCGGGGAUCUCAGUGCAGAAUUCAACUCCUGUUCCAGGCUACAAUUCUCAUACGCCAGGUGCUGCAACACCUGUCAAUGUAAAUUCGACAAAUUUGAACGUGAUGUCUUCCCAACCAUCAGUUAAUGACUCCAAGGCGUUGGUGCCCUUGGGUAAUGGAUUGUCAUCGAACUCAACUUUUGGUGCUGACCCUUUCUCUGCAACUUCACAACCGAAACAGGGUUCACCUUUGCCCCCCAAUGUUCCAAAUAAUCUGCCGAGCUCUACACCUCCUGCCUCAGCUGCUGGACAUUAUCACCCUCCUAAGCCAAUGCAGGCUGGUCCAGUGCAGGGUAUAUCCUCGCUUUCUUCUCAUACUAGCCAGUUGCCACAGAGUCAACCAGCUCCGAGGCAACAACAAUUUAAUGCUACACCAAGUGCUCCAGGACCAGUGAGUUCAAAUAUUCCCAGUGGACAAAUUCCUUCAAACACAAGCCAGUCUCAGGCCCCAUGGCCGAAAAUCACUCAAGUAGAUGUCAGAAAAUAUAUGAUUGUAUUUAUCAAGGUAGACAGGGAUCGUGAUGGGAAAAUCACUGGUGAAGAGGCAAGGAAUCUAUUUUUAAGUUGGAGGCUGCCAAGAGAUAUCUUAAGGAAGGUGUGGGAUUUGUCCGACCAGGAUAAGGAUGGGAUGCUAUCUUUCAAGGAAUUUUGUAUUGCUGUGUACUUAAUGGAGAGACACCGAGAGCAUCGUCCUCUUCCUGACACAGUAACGGAUGCUAUUUGGGCUGAGGGCACCGCACUACCCUCUACUGGCCAGUUUGCCGAAAAUCCUAGUGCCCCUGCUCCUCAAGCAAAUGCAGGUAGAACAAUGCAAGGACCACAUCAUGGGAUGCUUCCCUCAUCAAUGAAGCCACCAUCUCGAAGGCCUCUUCCUUUAGAUGCUGAUGAUACUGUUAAGGUAGAGCAACAAAAGCCAAAGGUUCCUGUCUUGGAGGAACAUCUAGUUGGCCAGCUGAGCAAGGAGGAACAAGAUACACUGGGUGCAAAGUUUAAGGAAGCUUCAGAGGCUGAUAAGAAAGUCCAAGAGUUGGAGAAGGAGAUCCUUGAUUCUAGAGAGAAGACCGAGUUUUAUCGCACGAAGAUGCAGGAACUCAUUCUCUACAAAAGUAGGUGUGAGAACAGGUUUAAUGAAGUCUCAGAAAGUAUGUCUGCUGAUAAACGUGAGGUCCAAUCCCUUUCUGCAAAAUAUGAUGAUAGAUGCAAGAAGGUUGGAGAUGUGGCAUCAAAGCUAACAAUGGAUGAGGCUACUUUCCGUGAGAUCCAGGAGAAGAAGUUGGAAAUUUAUAACGCUAUAGUUAAGCUGCAAAAAGGGGAUGAAAGUGAUGAGAAGCUUCAGGAGCGGGCUAAUAAGAUACAGUCAGAUCUUGAGGAGCUUGUGAAAUCUUUGAAUGAGCAAUGCAAGAGAUAUGGGUUGAGAGCUAAGCCAACUACUUUAGUGGAGCUUCCUUUUGGUUGGCAACCUGGAAUUCAAGAGACAGCUUAUGCAUGGGAUGAAGAAUGGGAUAAAUUUGGAGAUGAAGGAUUCUCUAUAAUUAAAGAACUAACAGUUGAAGUCGAGCCUCCCAUUGCACCAAAGAGUCAGCCUACUGAAGAUGCUAAAGCAUCUACAAAUGGGGCAUUAGCAGAAAAAGAAGACAACAAGGGUGAUAAAUCUGCUGCUGCUGCAGAGCAGGCAGUCGAACCUGAAACAACACCAUCGAAUAUCAAACCAGAGUCAGCAAAAAGUCCUCCAGUUAGUCCUGUCAAGAACAAAGAGGAUGGUUCUGAUGAACGUGAUAAAAAGCAAUUUGGAACAAAUGACGUCUCACCACGUGCCACUGAGAGUAUCAGCAACCGUGGAGCAAUGGAUUCCCCUACUCAUGGAGAUAAAACCCAUGAUGGACACUCAUGGGGCCCAUCUUUUGAUCAUGGCAUGGAUAAUGACUCUCUAUGGAACUUUGGUCAUAAGGACGGUGAGAAUGGUGAUUCAGAUCUCUUCUUUGGUCCACAAGGUCUUCCCCCGAUAAGAACCGGAGGUUCCUCAUCUGGUAGUUCAUUUGUCAAGGAACAGAAGCCGUUCUUUGAUUCUGUUCCUGGUACUCCAAUGGAGAAACCUUUCUUUGAUUCCAUCCCAGGCACGCCAGUUCAGAAAUCCGUCUUUGAUUCCAUCCCAGGCACACCAGUUCAGAAAUCCGUCUUUGAUUACUCAGUCCCUAGCACGCCAAUGCAGAACUCAAGCUUUGAUUAUUCUGUCCCAAGCACGCCGAUGCAAAAGUCACUCUUUGAUUCCAUUCCUGGUACACCGGUUCAGAGAUCAGUAUUUGAUUCUGUUCCGAGUACGCCAAUGCAGAGAUCGGUUUUUGAUUCUGUUCCGAGCACACCGACACAGAAACCAUUCUUUGACUCUUUUCCAAGCACUCCAAUGCAGAGAUCACUGUUUGAUUCUGGGCCAAGUAGAGCAGAAUCUCCUACUGCCAGCAGCAUGUAUGGCAAAGAGCAGAAGGGAUUCUUUGAUUCUUCGGUCCCGAGUACCCCAAUGUACAACUCAAGCUACACGCCAAGGUACAGCGAAGCAGGAGACGAUUCAUUUGACACCAUGUCUCAAUACAGUUCAUUUGGCAUGCACGAGAACAAUUCCUUCGGACAGCGUGACAGCUUCUCGAGAUUUGAUUCCUUCACGAGCAAUGCUGACAACGGUGGCAAUGACACCUUUGCAAGGUUUGAUUCUUUCCGCAGCACUUCAGAUCAGGGUGGGGGCAACAGCUUCAUGAGGUAUGAUUCCAUGAACAGCAGCAGCGACCAUGAUAGAGGCGACCCAUUUGCGAGGUUUGAUUCAAUGAAGAGCAGUGACUACAACAGCCGGGGCUACUCAUUCGAUGAUGAGGACCCCUUCGGAACCGGGCCGUUUAAAUCAACAGAAACCAAGAACAGCAGCCCGACGAAACAUGGGACAGACACAUGGAGCGCGUUUUGACAGGGAUUGUAUCAUAUUCAUAGAGGUCAUGUGCUUGUGCACCUUACUGCAGAUAUAUACACACGUACAGGGGCGAGACAAUUUUUUUUUGCAUGGGCCUCUACUCCACACCUGGGGACGGCAAGGGAAGGGAUGGGACGGGGCUUGCUUGUGUGUUUGCUUUGUGUUUAAUUUUGUACCUAGGCUGGGAACAUGUGUUUGGUGGGAUGCUGCUGCUUAUAAACUCAACAUUCUUUAUACCUUGUAUUGUACAAGUACAUGUACAAGAUGCGAGUCAACCCGUUGGGUUGAGAAACUCUCGAGUGUUUUUUCUUCCAUGGCGUAGCGUUUUUCAGUUUCUCUAAAUUUUUCUGAGCUCUGUACAGACAGACAAUGUUGCUGAGAAGUCGGAAUCUGGUUAUGGGUUACGCCUUACUGGAGUACAAUAUACUGUGAGGCAAUUAAAUCGGGUUCAGCA